GAAAACACUAAGUGUAGCGCUAAAGGAAGUGUUAUUUUUAAAAAGCCCUUCCAGAUGCCUGUUGUUCAUAUGUCCUCAUGUGUUAUUUUUUCGUAUCUAAUUGUGCUAACUUGCCGAAGAAACUUACCCAUAACAAUCGGAAACCGUUCGAAAUUCUUCCGUAAUCCAUUUUUGCAAACGGUAUAUACAGGAAACCAUAACGAGGCAACAACUAUUUUAAGUGACUAAUAUGGUCGAACACUCCAGUUAGUCAUGUUUUUUAUUCAAUGGCCGCAUUUCUGAAUCAGAAAGGAGAAGAGUGAAAUGGCAGAACACUGGUCAGUCGGACCCACAGUUCAUUUUGGUUCACAUUCGCUUCUUCCCUCCACUGACCUUCAAAUAUUGUGGGACCUACUUCAGUGUAGGGACUGCUGGUUCAGACGCAUUUAUCACCAACUUGCUGCCAACGAACUUCGGUCAAAUUCAGUUGUGGCACUAAGCCCUCGGAAAAGUUCAAUCCCUUCUGUUCCCUUCCAUAGUCUUACGAGAGCGAUCCAAGCAGUCUUACGUGGCCUCAAUCUAAAUCGUAAAUGCCCAUCAAAACUAGACACGAAAGCGACCAACUUAGCAUCAUUUCUGCAUUUGCAUAUAAAGACUAGUUAUCAUCAUAUAACUGUAGUCAGUACCAAAUUCUGUAUCAAAAGACAGUAUUGGGUCUGCCCUUCUCAUGGACGUCGUCUGUUCGAUUUGCUAUACUGUAGUGGCAACUUUAGUAUUCCGGAGCGGAAAGAUGGGUUAGACUUCGAUUUAACUAUUCGUUCAAUAAUCCCUCAGGGUCAAUCUGAUUUCUUUCGAUCUGUUCAGCUUUCAAGCUCCUCAGAUGAAAGUGAUGAACCGGAACAGACUUUUUCUGUUCAGAUCCACACUCCAGAGCUGUAUAUAGUAAAGCCAAAUCCAGAAGGUUCUCACAAUCAUUUGUCUACAAAGGCAUGUUCCACCGAACCCAAAAAAUUCAUAAGCAAACAACUUUAUGAAGUCAACAGGAAAUGGUCGUUCAAAUACAGUGUAAAUGAAUUAAACCAUAAACAUCUGUACAGUGAAAACGACGCUCGACAUACCUGUGAUUCUUACAAUGAAAGAAAACUAGAUGGUCCAAAACAUGUGCAUUUUCCUAGGGGGAACCCUAUCUCUGCUGUAUACAAUCUUUAUACAUAUGCUACAGCAAGCAGGUUGGAAAGGUCUAAUCGUAUUUGGGAAAUAGAAGCAAGGUCUCGCUACUUCGAUCGUUUGAAGUAUUUAAUAUCAAAUGGUUUCGAGGCUGACCUAGCAUCCCAGUUGGCAGGAGAUGAUGAAUCUACGGAAAUUCACUCUAGUGUUAAUAAAGCUCUCGACAAUAAAGCAUGCAAACAAGACAAUCUCAAACCGACGAAUAUAAUAUCUAAGCGUUCAAAACCUCGACAUCGCAAACGUAAUCGAAAACGUGGAUCCAACCCAGUAUCCCUGUUAUCUUCACAUUCACAUAAUGCAACCGACCCUAGUAUUUCACGAAAUAAAAUUGAUGAUAACUAUCAGAAAUGUGUGUCCCUUGCACAAUAAUUAUCAGGUUAAGCAGAUGUCCUUUGAGCUUUUGUCUCAAUUUAUUGUACAGUUUUCAUUAAAAUCUGUGAUAUCUGUCAGUGAUUUGAUUGCACGUUAUUUUUUAUACAGAAUCUCAUUAAUUCGAUAUAAACUACUGUUCUCACUUGUCAUUGUUUUCAGAUUUUUAUCUAGUGUUAGCUUUCGUAGACUAAUCUAUGUUAAUAUUCCAAAAGUACAGCUUUAAGAACCGUUAUUUCGUGUCAUUAACGUAGACAUGUUUUUGCUCGCGAAAAAGUGUAAUUCAGAUAUAAUUAGUUCUUAGCGG